UGCACUUUGUGUCAAGUUGUAGUAUCUUAAGAAUAAGAUUAGUUACUCAGCUUCUGAUUUUUAUCCUCUUUAUUUCUCCAUUAUUUGAUUGUCAGUAAAUAUUCUAUUAAGUAUCUGCACAAUCUGGUACAAAAAAUGAUUUCUCCAAAAGACUUCCUGAGAAAAAAUUUGAAGAUGGUCCAUGGUUAUCCCAUGAUCCAUGUUUUUGCUGACAACUGGGAAAAUGUUGAACAGUUCCACAGCAGGCCAGAUGACAUUGUGAUAGCCACUUACCCCAAAUCAGGUACCACUUGGGUAAGUGAAAUUGUGGACAUGAUUCUAAAUGAUGGAGACAUUGAAAAAUGUAAGCGAGAUUUUAUAACUGCUAAAGUUCCAAUGUUGGAAGUGGCUGUCCCCGGACUAAGAGUUUCAGGUGUAGAGCAAUUAGAGAAGAAUCCAUCACCUCGGGUUGUGAAGACACAUGUACCAACUGAUCUUCUUCCUAAGUCUUUCUGGAAAAACAACUGCAAGAUAAUUUAUCUGGCUCGAAAUGCCAAGGAUGUUGCGGUCUCAUAUUACCAUUUUGAUUUAAUGAAUAAUCUGCAACCCUUUCCUGGCACAUGGGAAGAAUAUCUGGAAAGAUUCACGACUGGAAAUGUGGCCUAUGGUUCCUGGUUUGAUCAUGUUAAAAGCUGGUGGAAGAAAAAAGAAGAACACCCAAUACUCUUUUUGUACUAUGAAGAUAUGAAAGAGAAUCCAAAGCAGGAAAUCAAGAAGAUUAGUAGAUUUCUAGAGAAGAACCUGAAUGAUGAGAUCUUGGAUAAGAUCAUCCAUCACACCUCAUUUGGAAUGAUGAAGGACAACCCUCUAGUGAAUUACACACAUCUACCAAAGACAGUGAUGGAUCACAGCAAAUCCUCUUUUAUGCGCAAAGGGAUUACAGGUGACUGGAAGAAUUACUUCACAGUGGCCCAAAAUGAGAAAUUUGAUGCUAUUUAUAACAAGGAAAUGUCUGGAAGUGAACUUCAGUUCCGCACAGAGAUUUAAAGAGCCUACACAGCAAAUCUGAAAGAAGUGACGUGUAAUUUGUUGAAAGGGGCAGUUAUGACUUUACUUGGAUUUACAAAGGAGAAAAAUGUGCUUUUAAACCUUUGAUUUUUCAGUGCCAUUAAUCAGUUUCCAGUUUUGCCCUGACUCUAACCUUCCAAAUUUCCUUAAGUUAAGGCCAAUUGUUAUCUUUUCAUAGGCUGUUCCUGCCUUUUCCUAUCCUAAUACUGACAAGAAAGUAUUUAUCUGACCCAAUCUCCAUAUAUGUUGGCUUAGAAUUAGGUUCCCCUACUCACAUGGCCCAAGAAAUGCUGUUUGCAAACUAACACCAUAUUUCCUAGCUCUGUUCCAAUUUCCCUUUGCUGAAAACUUGACCCAGGACAUUCUGUUUUACUACUGCUUUUUGGGUGUCAAGUGUUCCCUGAGUCAUAGCUCAUCUGCUUGCAGUGUCUCUAUUUUGAUAACACAGUUCAUGUCCCAUAUCAUGUGGUUCAGAUUUUGGAAGUGUUUCUAUUCCUAGUCUGAGUUUCCAAAUUUCUGAUUGCUGAGUAUCUACUUUCUGAAUUUUCAGAGGUGAAAGAUCUACAUUAGUCUCCCUUGAGCUCUUCUUUGGGAACUGAAGCCCCACUCUGGGAGCCUGGAAGGAGGGCUGGAAUCUGUUUCCUGUGGAGAGUCCUUUCCAGACCUUAAUGGCCUCUUCUGAACUUCUAAAAAUCACCUAUUGCUAUGCUCAGUCCCCAUUUGGGAAUUUCAUUUAUUUCAUCUUGUGUCUUAAUAGGUUUGGAUACUUUAAUAGCACCUUCAGCACCCCCAGAUAAGAUCAUAGCUGCUGCUAAAAUUUCCCAAUCCAGUGCUUAAUGGAGACUCUCCAGGCUAAAUUUCCACGAUGCCUCCAGACCCACAUCCUCUCUACCUACUAUCUUACACUGUGCCUCUCAACAUGGGUUCUUGGAUACAUGUCUCCUUACAACAUUUGUUUAUCAAUUCCAGCUUUGUCUUACAAGUAGUUAUUUCUGUCUCCUGUACAGCAAGAUCUUUUGCCAGCAAGUCAUAGCUGCAUGUGCCAAAUUCAAUGCCAAGCCCAGGUUCCCAAACUCAAGCUUGGUUUGAAUGUGCUGGGUCCUGAUUCAUUCUGGAGAGGAGUUCUGACCCAUUACAGGCCUCCUGAGCCAUAACUGAGUUAGCUACGACAACUUGGGCUGCAAUAGUUUGCCUUCACAGGUGCAUCUCUGCUGUCAGCCUUUGCCGCUGGAAUAGCUCCUCAGGUUUGUAACUUCUUUCUUUCCCAACCCUAGGGGAUUGAUCUAAUGCCAACUGGAAACUCCCUAAGAGUUUAAUAUUUAUGAUUCUGGAGAUAGUUGUUCUGAUACAUUUAUUAUCACGUGUUAUAAAUUAUUUCAGGAAAUGAAACUUAUGUGUACAUUCCUCAGAAACAUGUUUAGUAGUAGUUAACCUUGAAUGCUUAGGGGUAGUGUGAACUAGCUCCAGCUUUCUAGAAUACUCUUGCCAACAAGGAAGUAAAGUCAAUCAUGUAUGCAUUUGUUUUAUUAUCUCUAUUAAUAAGUUAAUGUGGUAUGACUUCUGAUAGUAUAUCUAUUUUUGAAAACAAUUAAAUAUCUCUGAACUAGCUAGCUUUUAAUCUGUGUAAUAAAUUGGCUGUACUAACUGCCUUCACUAGCAGGAUAAAAUAAUUUCCACUUUUCCCUAGUUUUCCCAUGUGGAAAUAAUUCUCUGUAACUGGACUUUAUUCAAAAAAUUUGAGUGAGCUUUAAUUAUGCCCUAGGCAGUUUUGGGGCACUGAUGAUAGAGUGGAGAAAAAAUAAA